AUCUGAAAUGAUCUGGAGGACAGAGGGAGGAUGCUGAUUGGUUGAGGGGCUUUCCUUAACUGUUAUUUUCUUUUUUCUUGUUGGACUUUGAUGGACCUGCUGAGACGAGCACGUCAGUGAUCACCAACAGCUACAGGUGAGAUGGGCUGUCUGGGAGGGCAGACGGAGGAAGAACGACUCGAUGAAAAAGCGAAGAGAGAAGCGAACAAGAAGAUCGAGAGACAGCUGCAGAAAGAGAGACAGGCUUAUAAAGCUACACACAGACUGUUACUGCUGGGUGCAGGAGAAUCGGGUAAAAGCACCAUUGUGAAGCAGAUGAGGAUUCUUCACGUCGACGGCUUCAACGCUGAAGAGAAGCAGGAGAAAACUCAGGACAUCAGGAAGAACGUGAAGGACGCGGUCGUGACCAUCGUGUCAGCCAUGAGUACGUUGACUCCACCCAUCCCUCUUGGUAACCCUGGCAACCAGUUUAGAGUUGAUUACAUCAAGAGCAUCGCACCGCUGUCUGACUUUGAGUACACAGAGGAGUUCUUUGAGCAUGCUCAGAAGCUGUGGGAGGACGACGGCGUGAGGGCGUGUUUCGAACGUGCCAACGAAUAUCAGCUGAUCGACUGCGCUCAGUAUUUCCUGGACAAGUUGGAUUCUGUCAGGAGGACGGACUACACGCCAACUGACCAGGAUUUAUUGCGUUGCAGAGUUUUGACUUCAGGGAUUUUUGAAACCAGGUUUCAGGUUGACAAGGUCAACUUCCAUAUGUUCGAUGUAGGAGGUCAGAGGGACGAACGCAGGAAGUGGAUUCAGUGCUUCAAUGAUGUGACGGCCAUCAUCUUCGUCGCCGCCAGCAGCAGCUACAACAUGGUGAUCAGAGAGGACAACUCCACCAAUCGGCUGCGAGAAUCUCUGGACCUCUUCAGAUCCAUCUGGACCAACAGGUUCCUGAAGACCAUCUCAGUGAUCUUGUUCCUGAACAAACAGGACGUGUUGGCUGACAAGAUUCUCGCGGGAAAAUCUAAACUUGAGGAUUAUUUCCCUGAAUACUCCAACUACCAAGUACCUGCUGAUGCUGUUCCAGACGCUGAUGAAGACUCCAGAGUGACCCGAGCCAAGUUCUUUAUCCGAGACGAGUUUCUGCGGAUCAGCACGGCGAGCGGCGACGGGAAACAUCACUGUUAUCCUCACUUCACUUGUGCCGUCGACACUGAGAACAUCCGCCGCGUCUUCAAUGACUGUCGUGACAUCAUCCAGCGCAUGCACCUGCGCCAGUACGAGCUGCUUUGAUUGGCUACUGAACAAUGACUUAACUCAGAGGCUAAUCUGAUAUCUAAGCAAUGCUAAUAGCUGAUCAAUACUGAUGGAUCCUCAUAUAUUUAUAACUUAUAUGAUUUGUUAUUGAUUAUUGAUUAUGACAAAGUAUCUGUGCCUUUAUCUUCGUUCUGUACCUUUGCCUGCUACAGGGGAUUGUGGGUAAUGUAGUUCUGAUGUUGUUUACCAGCCGUUGCCCCAGCAACAUUGUGACUGUUACAUGGGGGGGGGGGGGGGCGCUGGAGUUUAAAGACUAUUUUAGACUGAUUUAAAAAAGGAAUCUAAAUAUAUUUCUAUAUGUUUAUUAUGGUAAUGAACUCUUCCCUGAUUGUCUGUUUCUUACUCUGAUGUAAUGUUAUGUUUUCAGAUAACAUUCACUCAGUUGAGUUUUGUCUAACAAGAGUGCAAUUCAAUUAUCAAUCCACAUUUAUAGAAACUGAACAUGUGAAAUUAAAGAUGGUUCUGUAAGUUACAGGUUCAUCGAUACAUCUGAUUAUUGAUCAAUAACACAGUAACACGUUCUGACCAGCAGGUGUCACUGAGUGCAUGCUGUUGAUUUACUGAAGUUAAUAACUGGAUUAUGAUCCUGUGGGUGAAGGUUUUCAACAGGGAGUCAAAUGUU